AUGGCCAAGAUAAUAUUCUACUUUCGCACAGUCCUCUACUCGAUCACCCUCCUCACCGUCUCCUUCCUCGCCGUCCUCAUUGGUCUUCUCUGCACACUCUGCGGUGUAAGGCUGAAUACGAAUUACUAUGUCGCGAGGACAUUUUACCAAAUAGCGGGGCUGGUGAUGGGGUGGACGUUUGAGGUGGAGGGGGAAGAGCACCUGGAUAAGGGCUUGGAGGGGGAUAGUGGGAAGGGACGGAGUGCGGUCAUGGUGGGGAAUCAUCAGAGCUUCGUAGAUAUCCUGUAUUUAGGGAGAAUAUUCCCAAAGCACGCAGCGAUCAUGGCCAAGAAAUCGCUCAGCAAGAUCCCGGGAUUGGGCUGGUUCAUGCUUCUCUCCGGCACAGUCUUCAUCAACCGUUCAAAUAACAAGUCGGCGGUAGCGAGUAUGCAACAAGCCGGCGAGGACAUGAAGCGGAAACGGAUAUCGCUCUGGAUCUUCCCUGAGGGUACAAGACAUCUGUCGCCCAAGAUGGACCUCCUGUCUUUCAAGAAGGGGGCUUUCUACCUUGCUGUACAAUCUGGCGCACCGGUCAUCCCUGUCGUCUGCGAGAACUACCACCACCUCUACGACGGCAAGACGCGCUUCAGAUCUGGAACUUUGAAGAUCAAAGUCCUCCCGCCAAUACCCACUACCGGCCUCACCACCGCCGAUGUCCCCGCUCUGAUGGAAAAGACACGUGACCAAAUGAUUGCCGCCCUCCAGUCCAUCGCUCGGUCAUCCGGCACCGCCAUCGGUAGCGAUACCGAGCCUCUUUUGUCCAGCUCGACGCAGGACUACCAAACGCACGACGGCAACGGGGCUGCCAACCCCGCCGCGGUCGAGGCGGAAGUAGGCGAGGAGGAGAGCGAGACCAAAGUUGCGCCGAGCAACAGGCAGGCGGAUGGCGGCGCGGUGAAGCAGGCCAAGAAGGUCGGGAAGAAGAAGUUGGCAGUAGCGAUGGUUUCUGAUUUCUUUCACCCGGUCGCUGGUGGAGUCGAGGGACAUAUCUAUUCUUUGGCGGUAGAGCUUAUCAGACGGGGACACAAGGUGAUUGUGAUAACGCACCACCACCCCCCGCGCGUCGGGAUCCGAUACCUUGCCCCCGGCCUCAAAGUGUAUCAUCUCCCCUAUACGCCCAUCUCGGCGAACGCGACCUUACCGAACUUUUUCACGUUCCUGCCAUAUCUCCGCACCACCCUUCUCCGGGAAAACAUUGACCUGGUACACGGUCACGGGUCUCUCUCUUCGCUCGCGCACGAGGCGGUCCUUCAGGCGCGAAUGUGGGGGGUCCGGACGGUGUUUACGGAUCAUAGUCUGUUUGGGUUUGGGGAUGCGGUGGGGAUCUUGACCAACAAGUUGUUGGCGGGGGCAUUAAGGAAUGUCGAUGGAGUGAUUUGCGUCAGUAAUACGGGGCGGGAGAAUACAGUCCUUCGAGCAGAACUAGAUCCGAGCUUGGUAUCCGUCAUCCCCAAUGCGAUCGUCUCGGCGCAGUUCCAGCCGGACCCAUCACGCUCUGACCCAAAGUACAUCACCAUAGUGAUCAUCUCCCGCCUAGUCUACCGCAAAGGCGUCGACCUGCUCAUCGCGUGCGCGCCAAGGAUAUGCGAGAUGUUCCCCCAAGUCCGGUUCUUGGUCGGUGGGGACGGACCCAAGAUGGUCGAGCUGGAGCAGAUGAGGGAGAAGUAUCUGUUGCAGGAGAGGGUGGAGCUGGUUUGUGCGGUCCGGCCGAGUGAGGUCAGGAAUCUCCUUGUACAGGGCCAGAUCUACCUCAAUACAAGCCUGACCGAAGCAUUCGGGAUCAGCAUCAUCGAAGCCGCCUCGUCUGGCCUCUUUGUCGUUUCGACCAAAGUAGGCGGGGUGCCCGAGAUCUUGCCGGAGGAUAUGAUUGAGUUUGCGAGGGCGGAUGAGGAGGAUGUGAUUCGGGCGCUGAGUCAUGCGAUACGGGUAGUCGCUGCCGCUUCUUCGGGGCGGGAUUGUCAGUGGGAGAGACAUGAGAGAGUCAAGAGGAUGUACGAUUGGCAGAUGGUAGCGGAACGGACGGAGGUGGUGUAUGAGCGUGCGAUGGAGGGGGAGAUGAAGGAUGUGGGGGAGAGAUUGACGAGGCUGGUAACCCUAGGCCCAAUCUUUGGACCUAUCAUGUGCAUCAUCAUUGCGGUACAGCAUUACUAUUUCUGGGCGCUGGAGUGGUGGGCGCCGAGAGAUGAGCUGGACGAGGUGGAGGAUGAGUGGGAUCACAAGGAGUUCCAAAACGUCGGUCCAUUCCCUCGCUCUUCUAAAGAAGGUGGUUCUGAGAUUGAGCUGAUACUGUAG